UUCAUACACUGAAAAUGGCAGUUAUAAUGACCAUUCGCACUUAUGCUCUCUACGGUGGUAACAAGCACCUGCUUAUUUGGAUGACAAUCAUCAUGAUUUCUCUUGCAGUAGCAGUUUCGGUGGGAUCUUUGGGGCAUUUUUCAGGCAACACAGAUCAGACCGUCUUUUCUGCAGUUGGCUGCAAUGAAACAUAUACAGCAGAAACGUACUAUAUUCUUUCUCGCUGGCUUGGGUUGGCGUGGAUGGCCGAAUUGGUCUUCGAAUUGCUGAUCUUCGUCCUCAUAGUGUACAGGAUUUGCAAAACUCGAGGCUUGCUGCGGUUGUCUCUAUUCACAAGGAGAAAUAUAAUUAAUAUCAUAUUUCACGAUGCGAUGGCGCUGGUGAAUAUACCGAACAUCCUGACAUUCUACGUGAGUCGACGAAUGAGUAUUGAUGGAAUCUCAAAGCGCUCACACAUGUCCGUUACUCUCAUCUCUCGGCUGAUGCUUAACCUUCACAAGACUAUCGACACCGGCAUUUGCUCCACCCCCGCCCGGGAUGAUGGCCCCAGCCUCGCUGUCCUUACCACCAUGGUCAACGUACAGUCCCCGGUUUCCUCUCACGAUUGGUAG